AUGAGUAAGAAAAAUAAAACAAUAGUUUAAACUUUGAAAUUCGUCAAAUUUCUCAAUGAUCAUUUUUAAAAUAAUUUAUCUAAUUAGAAUACUUAAAGUUCAAAUGAAAUUUAGGAAAUGCUGCUGAAUGAUCAUAUUUCUAUGCCUUUUCAGGUUCAAACUGAAACCAAUAUUAUGAUCAAUAAUAUAGAAUCUAGAAUACAUUCAAAGACACACACUUAAAAAAACCACUUCUCAUUAAGAUUUUACGACAAUUAAGAAUAGAUAAGUACACAAAGAGACCUUACCAAAUACAUAAUUAACUUAAUUGUAUUUCCAUCUCUAGAUUCCGAAAGUUAGUAGCUGGAGAAAAAGAGAUGUUCAUUUACCCAAUAUAAAGACCCUCCAAUUUAAGUGAUAUAUUAUUAAUUUGAAGUAAUGGUUUUAGAUAAAUAAUUAUAAUUAUAAUUCAAUAUUAUAAACUAAGAGGAAUUCAAACAGUCUAAAAUAUAGGGGGUAACUAAAACUAUAUGCAAGCUGAAAUAAUCCACUCAUUAAAAUGUUUAGAUCUCAAAGAAAAUCAUACUUCCAAUCCUAUCUAUAUCUAGACCAAUUUCCACUGUUAUUAAAUCCUCGGUUGAAUUGAAAUUGGCUUUAUAAUGCCCUUAGGAAAGAUGCUUAGGAUCCUUAUGUGAAAAUCCUUGCACUUACAAUUACAAAGUUUGUAGAGUUGAUUAAAAACAUGAUCUUUUUAUCUUUUCUCUUUAACAGUACGAUAGACAUCAAUAUACGAAAUAGCAAAUUUGCUAAAUUAUUAAAAAUAUGAAUGAUCAAUAUAGUUAAUAAGCAUUAGAAUGUGUUGAAUAGAGAUUUAAAAUUCUAGACAAUUUUUAACAAUAAACAUUAAUAUCAGACAAUGAAUUAAUUGAAUUUGAAUAAUCCCUCCAUAAAUACCCUUUUUAAUGCACUCUAUAAAAUGUUAAUACUAAUAAUAGCACUCUAUCCUUUAGGAUUAUAAAUCAAAAAUUCUUAGAUCUUAUGGGAAUUACUAAAGAUAUGAUGUUCGAUCAUCUCAAUGAGACGCAAGCCUUACCCACAAUAUUCAAUCAUGAUGGUUCAUUGAAGAAUUGGUGUGAACUGGCUCAAUAUUCAGUUGAAGGUAGAGAAUUUUUUGAUUACUAUCUGAACACCUAUGAAGGUUCACAAUUUAGAUCAAAGGUUUAGUAAAAAUAGAUUUUUAAAUCCUCUCCCCUGGAUCCAAAUUAAAUUAUAUUCAUUGAAUUCAGAAUCAUACAUGCUGAUCCUAAAUUGUUAUCCAAUCUUUGUAAUUCUACAAGAAUCCUGAAAAAUCAUGCAGACUAUUUUAAUCUGAAAAAUAGUGAUAUCAUUUUAAACUAGUUCAAACAAUCAACAAAAUAUUUAGAUGCCAAGAAUUAUAAAAUUACUAAACCUUGUGGUUACAAAAUUAUAGAUCAAAAUAUAAAACCUUGA